GAAACAGAGACACCAAUGGAAAGAUUCUUCUUCAUCUCUGUUUUUCUUCUUCUUCUUCCUCACUUCUUCAUCAUCAACAUCACCUUUGCUUUACCUCUCUCCACCGACUCACGCUGGAUCGUGGACGAUGGCAACAAAGGACAGCGAGUGAAGCUCGCGUGCAUCAACUGGCCCUCGCAUCUAGAAACUGCGGUGGCGGAAGGUUUAAGCAAGCAGCCUUUGGAUUUGAUUGCCAAGAAGAUCGUCUCAAUGGGGUUCAAUUGCGUGAGAUUGACUUGGCCUCUCUACUUAGCCACCGAUGAAUCUUUCUCUGGGGUUAUGAGUGUGAGACAAUCUCUUCGCAAGUUUGGUCUUCUUGAAGCUAUCUCUGGCUUUCAAGCUAAUAAUCCAUACUUUCUUGAUCUUCCUCUGAUCAAAGCUUUCCAGGAAGUGGUUUCUUGUCUUGGAAAGAACAGAGUAAUGGUGAUCUUAGACAACCACACAAGCCAACCUGGUUGGUGUUGCAAUGACAAUGAUGGAAACGGUUUUUUCGGCGAUAAAAAUUUAAACCCUCAUCUUUGGAUCAGAGGGUUAACGAAAAUGGCUACAAUAUUUGCUAAUUCAUCAAAUGUGGUUGGUAUGAGUCUAAGGAAUGAGCUUAGAGGUUCAAAACAGAACAUCAACGACUGGUACAAGUACAUGAGAGAAGGCGCUGAAGCAGUCCACUCCGUGAAUCCUAACAUUCUUGUCAUUGUCUCGGGUUUAAACUACGAGACUGACUUAUCUUUCCUCCGAGACAAACCGUUUGAAGUAACCUUCAAGAGGAAACUAGUGUUUGAGAUACAUUGGUAUGGGUUUUGGAGUUCUUGGGAAGGGGAUAACUUGAACAAGAUUUGCGGGAGAGAAACAGAUAACAUUAUGAAAAUGUCAGGGUUUCUAAUCGAGAGAGGGAUUCCAUUGUUUGUGAGCGAGUUUGGGAUUGAUCAGAGAGGGAGUAAUGUGAAUGACAAUAGGUUUCUAAGUUGUUUUAUGGCUUUAGCAGCGGAUCUUGACCUAGAUUGGGCGUUAUGGACUCUUGCAGGAAGCUAUUAUGUAAGAGAUAAAAUUAUAGGGUAUGAUGAAUCUUAUGGAGUUUUGGACUGGAGUUGGUCAAGUGUAAGGAACUCAACCAUUAUGCAGAUGAUUUCUGCUAUUCAGUCUCCUUUUAGAGGACCAGGUUUAAAGGAAACUAACCCCAAGAAAAUAAUAUUCCACCCUGCGAGUGGACUUUGCAUCGUGAGGAAGUCCUUAUUUGAGCUUAAGCUAGGUUCUUGUAAUAGAUCAGAGAGCUUUAGACUUUCUUCUCAUCAGGUUUUGUCACUAGCUGAAGAAAAAAUCUUUUGCAUUAAAGCUUAUGAGAAAGGAAACUCUGUGAAGCUGCGUCUGUACUUCUCAGAAUAUUACUGCUCAAAAUGGAAAUUUUUGUCCGAGUCAAAGAUGCAACUCUCGUCGAUAACAAAGAAUGGUGAAUCAGUUUGUUUGGAUGUGGAUUCAGAUACUAACAGCAUUGUGACGAAAAGCUGCAAAUGUUUGAAAGGAGAUGCGAGUUGUGAUCCUAAAAGCCAGUGGUUUAAGGUUAUUACUAGCACGAGAAGUCGCUUUAGAGCAAAACCGUUUCUUCGAGUUAGCCCAUACUUGAAGACACUUGUCCAGGAAAGUUUGUCAGUUUCAUAAGGUAUUGAAAGAUAAGUAUACAAAUAUCUUUUUAACCAGAUUGUAUACAUCUAGCUCUCACAGGGCUGAAAUGUGUUAAGAUCAUGCUUGUAAGUUUUUUCCCUAAUAAUAUGUACAGUUUGAUUGCAAUAAUUUAUUUGUAUAACAUUUGAUAUGUAUCAAGCAUUGUACGAUCUAUCAAAAUGACAAUACCGAC